AUGGACAUUCGAAAGUUGAAAGAGGGUGAGGUGAUGCGCUUUAAGAAGCAACUUUUGGGGAGUAAAUGGAAGAAAAAUCAUCUCAUUCUUUUCUCGGAUUCUCGUUUAUGCUGGUACGAUGAAAAGGGAGAUCGAAAACCGGCUGGGAGUGUCCUGUUGAAAGAUGUGGUCCCGUACAUUUGUGUUGGUUUGAUGACCGAUCGAAUGCCAACCAGACGUCCCUCUUUACCCGACGGUCACUCCGUACAUCAUUUGGUCGGAAUCGGGCUUGAUCCGCGCGCCGAAAAUGUGCAUUGGUUGCUUUUUGCGAGUGAUGCCGAUUUGGAAGGCUGGUUCACGGAGAUCAUGAAAACCCUUCCGAAGCCGAAUCCCCCGCCACAAGCCGCGCAAGGCCCACCACCACCUGGACAAUCACAACAAAAUGGAGCUUAUGCGCCACCGGGAAAGUACCCAGACGCUCCGCCACAGGCUCCUAACACGUAUCCUUCGAAUCCUCCAAUCGCUGCCGGUGGAUAUCAACCACAGACCUACAACCCGGGACCGGCUCCUCCACCCUAUGCGGGCGCUCAAGCAUACCCUAGCCAACCACCGCCACCCGGUGGAUAUACUGCACCUGGCCACAAUAACGGAGGCGGGUAUUACGGUGGAACGCCUUCUCACACGACUGUGAUCGUGCAAGAUCGUGGUGGCUAUGGAGGCGGUGGAUAUGGUGGUGGCGGCGGUUUCGGGGGUGGAUCGGGUUUGGGUUUGGGAUCCGGACUGCUCAUGGGAUCACUCCUUGGAUAUGGAGUUGGCAGCUUUUUCUCUCCAAGCUAUCAUAGCUGGGGCGGUGGCUGGGGAGGCGGUUACGGCGGUGGAUAUGGUGGAUAUGGUGGAGGCGGUGGAUUUGGAGGUGGAUACUAUUCGGACAACGAUACAAACAUCACCAACAACUACUACAACUAUGGCGACUCGGGCAACAACACCACCGCACAGAGCACCAACGAUCAAACGACUUCGAGCAGUGAGCCUGUUGGGGAUGGUCAAGACACACAUUACAAUGACUACGAUCAGACUGGAGACAACUACGGAAGUGGGGAUUACGGCAAUAAUGACUAUGGAGAUGGUGGAGAUGGUGGUGGUUUCUUUGAUUCAAGCGAUGUAGGUGGAAAUGAUUUUGGUGGUGGAGAUUUCGGUGGAGGUGAUUUCGGCGGCGGAGAUUUUGGUGGAGGAGACUUU